AUGCAGAGGAACGGCUUUUUCUUUGCACUGAUAUUGAAAGAUAUUCGUACAUCCUCCGCAACUCUCAACUCAAUCUGUAAUAAUGUUUCCCCUUCUUCAGAUUUUGCUUAUAAAAUUUCGGCCGGAGAACCAAAAUGUUUGUUAACUUCAUCUGGAUUCUUCUUUGGACAAAAUUUAACGCUAACCGGUUAUUAUCUCCCCAGCGAUUCCCUUGAAUACGAAGACAUCGGAUCAACUGAUAACGCUGUGCUAAUUCUUUUUGAGAGUCAGAUCGGAUACACUGUUAUAAAAUCAUCAACAACGCAAAUUAUACUUUUUGUACCUUACGAAUAUACAAAGAUUUGUCCAAAUAACAAAUCUGUAGUUGCACAGAUUUAUGUAACAACAUUUUCGCACCUUACAAUCAAGAUAACUCAGACAAGUAAUAUUUGCGAAGGUCUGCUUGCAAUUUCAGCUUCUUCGAUUAUAUUAAAUUAUACAAAUCCAAAUUCAGAUAUAUCAAUAUCGUAUUACAGUAAAUCAUCUUAUAUGGAUGAAAAGUCAUCUCAAUACGACGGUGGAGGAAUUUAUGAUAAUUAUGCUGAUAUUGCUAUAGAUAACAACGACUCUGCCACACGUGUUAUUGGAGUUACAGUUCAAUUGAGAGAAAAUAAGCGAAUUCCUCAAUUUCUUGGUAUUAUGCCCCAAGCUGCUGGUAUUUAUACCGCAAGCGAUAUAACGAAUUCAAAAAUCCCUGAAGCAGCAUUUGACAAUAUCCCUGGGGUUGUUUCAGAUGAUGAUAAAUAUUCAAAACCUGAUUCUUUGUUGACUAUUGCGAUAAUUAUUUCUAGUAUAGGUGCAGCCAUAUUAUUAAUUAUAUUGAUAAUUUGCUGCUGUCGUAGAAGAUCAAGAAUAAGGAGAAGAAUUAAUUCAAAGAAGAAUUAA